CAGCCAAGCAAUUUCCCCUCCCCUUUUUUUCUUUCUCUUUUCCUAUUUCCCAUGUACUAUCGGCAGAGGUCGCAUGGCAGAGAGGGAAGUCCGACCACUUCUGUGAACUGGAACCAGUGCGAGAAUAUGUGCACGUCCAUAACAAAGCCUGUGUGCGCGCACAGAGAGAGAGAAGGGAGGCUGUGACAUUUGAUGGUGGAGAGAGCAAAGAAGAAGUGGUAUUAAGUUGGAGCGUUUGACUUGAUUUGUUCUGGAAUACCGGGAUAUAGUUUUGGCAGCACAUGUGCAUCCAUGACUGAUUGUGUUUGGAGUGAGAGGCUAUUUGAGGACCACUGAGCAUCAGCACUGCACUUAAAAGUGCACCGAGAACAACUUAUUUUCUCCCAUUUUGUGUGUCUCUCUUUCUCCAUCUGCUUCGUUGCUUUUAAAGAGACAACUGUGAGUCCACGCUGGAAUUGAUUUGAUGCGUUCAGGCUCGCUCAACCUGAGAUGGACGUGAGAUUUUACCCUGCACCCCCGGCCAAUGUGGGUUCAUGCUCCCUACCUGCUGAUCCAAGUUGCUUGAGCUCGCUGGACUAUUACCACUCCAACAAGGCCCGGUACAGUGUGGGUGAGCGAGGGGUCAGACUCCACUCUGCCCCCCCUCCAGGCAUCAGUCCAGCUAGGAAAAGACUGCCCACUGCUGUGUUUGAUGGUGACAACAUGUACAUGAAUGACAAUAACCAAGACUUUCGGUCACCAAACCAGAGCUAUUCCAGUCAGGGCAGAGGCAGCAGUGGUGGCGGCGGUGGAGGAGGUGGAGCAGGGGAUGAAGACUACGAGAUUCCCCCAAUUACGCCCCCCAACCAUGCUGACCCCUCUCUAUUGCACCUCAUGGAGCAUGAGUCAGGGUACCCUUUCCACUCCUUGCCUCACAAUGGCCUGCUCAACACCUACUCAUACCCUGAGCUGCCCGCCCUUAUGAUGUCCAACAUGCUGGGUCAGGACAGCCACCUCCUCUCGGGGCCUAUGCACUCAAUAAGCAAUGACAAGCGGCCCUCAGCAGAAAUGAUGAAGCCCAAACCCAAACCCCAAAAGAAGAAGAAGAAGAAGGACCCCAAUGAGCCACAGAAACCUGUGUCAGCUUAUGCACUCUUCUUCCGAGACACCCAGGCAGCCAUUAAGGGUCAGAAUCCCAAUGCCACCUUUGGAGACGUCUCGAAGAUUGUGGCCUCCAUGUGGGACAGCCUCGGAGAGGAACAGAAGCAAGGUUACAAGAGGAAAACUGAGGCGGCAAAGAAGGAGUACCUGAAAGCCUUGGCAGCGUACAGAGCCAGUCUGGUUUCCAAGACGUAUAAUGACCCGGAGCCAAAAAGUGCCCAGCAGACAAGCCAGCCCUCUCACCUGCUACCCCCAAAGCAGCCCCUGUACAGCCCUCAGCCAUCCUCACCCUACCUGGGCCCGUCGGGCUCCUUCCCCCUCUCGGACCUCCAAAGCUACGCCGGACCUGCGCGCCACAGCCUGGCCUCCACCCUCAGCCAAUCGCAGAUGCUGCCACCCAGCAUGAGUGCCUCGCCCCCUGCCCCUUUCCAGAUCAGCCCACCCCUUCACCCCCAUGCCCAGCUCUCCCUUCACCAGAGCUCCCUGCUCAACCAGCCAAUCCGCAUGCAGCAGUCGCAGCCAAUCAUCUCACACCAAAUGGGGCUCCAGGCACCUUUGCAUUCCCCUCCUCUCGGACAACAGGGGUUUUCCCACAUUCAGGCUGAUUACCAGAACAGUGUCGGGGGCUCACAGUCUCCAGGAGCCCCAAACCCAGUGCAUGGUCAGAACCCUGACUGGGAUAGUGAAUACUGCAACAGGGAUUGUGGACCCAACCAUUGCAGUGGCAUGGGAGCUCGGGACAAGCCUCUCUACCUCACUUGAAGUUGAAAGACCUCCACAUGUGUGUGACUCCAGGGAGAUUUCCAACAAAACAUCGUCAAUAUAUCUGCUUCAACACCAUUUGGGUUUAUUUUCUUUCUUCUUCUUCUUCUACUUCUGGCGGAUUUUGAAAAUCCCAAAGACUGCUCCAGCAUCUUCACCUAUUUGCCAAGCACUUAGAUCGGCCACAAGCCUGCGGCACUUUUCUUUUCUCUCUCUCUUAUCAGUCAACUUUUCCUUUUUUUGAGGGGGCAGUGAGCUAUGAGCUCAUGCCAGCCUACUGGAAAGAAAAUGUCUUCUUCGUUUUGUUUUGGAAUUUCUAAAGAUGCUUUCUCUCUACUCGCUUCUCAUCAGGGAGGUGACAUGCUCUAAGCAUCCUCAAAGAGAAAGGCUCUCAAAUUGUUGACACCUCAGCAGAGGUGCAUGUACUUCAGGACAUUUGAACACAUAAGAUAUUUGUAAAAGCUUCAAAUGUAGGACUUCCUCAUUUCCUUUAUUUCCUCACAGAGAGAUUGUAAAUAUCACCAAAAACGACAGCAAAUCCCUCUUAUGUGUGUAUUUAGCAGCAGUCCCUUGCUUUCUUUGGUUUUAACAAUGGUUUUAUUUGAUAAUGAAAGGUGAGGGAGGAUUCAUGAAGGGAAUACGCACACUAAAACUUGUGUUCAAGCGGUCUGGUUUCCCUACAAACAUGAAAGGAAAAAUAACAAUCCCACCUCCUUGACGACAGGGAGCUGUCGUCACAUGACCUCAGGACGUUGCAGAACUGCAGAGGUCAAAGAUUUCAACUUUGUUGACCUUCCUCCACCACCCGUAACCCCACCCACCUUCCGUUCCCCCCCCAACACCACUUGUACAGGUGAAUAAAAAAAAAAGCUAAAUGUGAAAUGUUAACUAAAGAAAAAAAACAGUGGGUUUUGAAGUUUUAACUAGUUUUAUUAGGUGUUUUAGAAUUGUGUUGAACUCAUCUUUAUCAUCUUUUAUGAAGAAUAAAAAAAGUCUAUUUUGGUUUUCACUGUAGCAGGAUUUAAGAUGGACGGACAUCUGGGUAUAUAAUUCAGUUUGUGUAUAAAGCCUGCCAAAUGUACUUCUUUCAUGUCAUGAACCAUUUUUGUUUUACAUAAUGGACAUUAUUCUUUCUUGGGUUGAAUGGAUUCACAUCGGUUUAUAAUUGAUAACUAAUUAACAUGCUGGCUUUUUUCAUCAGAGUGCAUUAUAACUAUGAAUUAUUAUUAUUAUAACACGAGUCAUUGAAAUAUUUUUCAAAAAUUGUUGUUGGUACAUUACCACUGGACCAGCAUUAGCUUCAUUUCGUGUCACAAAUAUUCCUUUGUUUUCUUUUUGUCUGUAAUAAAAUGUUGAAAGUACUUGGGCUAUUGUGUGGUAUCACCGAGUCACAACAAUCACAACCAUUUAAAGCAUUUGCGUUGAUCACAUUUUUUACCCCCACACACCCAAAUCACAACUAAUCAAUAUCGUAUAUCAAGAAACAUUUUUCCUGCCCACUGGUCAUUUUUGUUUUUGAUUAAAGUGCGAUGAUGAAACAGAGUUAAUGCAGCAGUGCACAGCCUUUCAGAGAGCCACCUGAGGAGAAAUAUAAAACACACACACACACCGCCUUUUACUUUUAAAUUUCACAGUUGGAUUAAAGAUCGAAUGGAAAUAGAAUCUCUUUUCUCUCUCCUCUCGCUCUCUCCUCCUCCUUCUCUGACGAUGAUGAUGCAGUGCCCCCUACAGUUUUGCUUCAGAAAAUACAGAAAAUAACUCAAUGGUUCAAAAUCCAGAAAAAAAUCAUUGGAAGCUUAGUUCGUGGGGAAAACAUCCAUCCAUCCAU